UCACCCUCCCUGUCCUACUUCUACCUGAAACUCUCAGAGCCCAGUCAGGGGCUGCACCGGUUCUUCAUUAAGGUCCACCUGGAAGACCAGCCCAUCAUCCGCUAUGACAGCCUUACAUGGAAGAUGGAGCCUCUGGUGCCCUGGAUGGAGGAGGCAGGGAAGGAGAAGUUUCUGAUCCCUGAGUGGAUCUUCAGGGCUGACCUGGAGACGUUAUCAAAACUGGAUCAGGAGGCUGGAGGGCUUCAUACCUGGCAGGUGAAUUUGGGCUGUGAGCUCAGGCAAGACGGGAGCAAAGGAGGGUUUUUGCGCUAUGGCUAUGAUGGGAUGGACUUCAUCAGCUUCAACAAGGAGACCCCCAGGUGGGUGACAGCUCAGCCCCUGGCCCGGAAGGUCAAGGAGGAGUGGGAGGAGGAUCCAAGAUGGUCCCAGGAAAGUAAAGUCUUCCUGGAGGAGACCUGCAUUGCGUGGCUGCAGAGAUACCUGUCCUACAAGAAGGCGACUCUGGAGAAGAUAGGUGAGUGGCAAAAAGGGGGCUCCCCUGAUCAGGUUUCUAUGGGCUCCCCCUCCCCCAUUUUAUCUCUGUCCUACAUAGCCAAUCCACCCUCUCCAGAAAAGGGUCAGGAG